CUCCUCCUCCUCUUCUUCCCCUCCCCCUCUCUCCAAGAACGCCGCAGCCGCACCUCGUCCGGUGUCCUCGUCGCCUCCUCCAGCCCUUCGCCGCCCUCGCCAUCGCCCUUCCCCCUCGUCCCCGCUCUCUUCGUCCUCGGAGACUCCAUCGUCGACUCCGGCACCAACAACUACCUCGGAACCCUCGCCCGCGCCGAUCGACCCCCCUACGGCCGCGAAUUCGACACCCACCGCCCCACCGGCCGCUUUUCCAACGGCCGCAUCAUCGUCGACUACCUCGCGGUCCGGCUGGGGUUGCCCUUCGUUCCUCCGUUCUUGGGCCGGAGCGGGAAGAUCGAGGACAUGAUCCGCGGGGUGAACUACGCGUCGGCCGCCUCCGGAAUCCUCUUCUCGAGCGAUUCCGAUUUGGGGCAGCACAUUUCUCUGUCGCAGCAGAUCCAGCAGGUAUCGGACACCUUCCAGCAGUUCGAGCUAAGCCUAGGGGAGGAGGCGACGGCGGACCUCAUCUCGAAGUCGGUGUUCUACGUCUCGAUCGGGAGCAAUGACUUUAUACAUUACUACCUGCAAAAUACUUCGAGCGCGCAGGUGUUGUACCUGCCAUGGGAGUUCAACCAGCUCCUAGUGACCACUUUGAAGCAGGCGCUCAAGAGUCUGUAUGAUAAGACCAUGAGAAGAGUGGUGCUCACGGGGCUGGCUCCGAUUGGCUGCACUCCUCACUACCUGUGGCUAUCCGCCAGUGAGAAUGGGGAGUGUGUUGAUGCAAUCAAUAACGUGGUGAUGGAGUUCAACUAUGCCAUGAGGUACAUGGUGCAUGAGCUCAACCGUGAGCUCCCAAAUGCCACCUUCACCUUCUGUGAUGCUUUUGAGGGCUCCAUGGACAUACUAACCAAUCGCCAGCUCUACGGUUUCCAGACAGUCACCGAUGCUUGCUGCGCUCUUGGGAAGUAGGGAGGAUUCAUCAUGUGCCUGCUGCCGGAGAUGGCUUGCAGCAAUGCUUCGACCCAUGUGUGGUGGGAUGACUUCCAUUCCAUGGAUGCAGUCAACCGGAUCAUCGCGGAUGAUGUGUGGGACAGCAAGCAUGCGUCCAUCUGCUAUCCCGUGAACUUGCAGGACAUGCUUAGAGCUAACCACUAGCUGGCUACACCUUACUGGAAGCUCGAAGAAGAAGAAGAAGAAGAAGAAGAAGAAGAAGAAGAAACUUCAAUGACUACUACAGCUCAUGAAAGAUUGAUAACUGGGUGAGUCGUCAUAUUUUUAACGUGUGUUUCUACU